AUGCUUCGGUUAUUCGCUGCGAUCGUGCUGUUGAUCAGUUCCGUCGAAAUGCUGAAAUUGCACGAUGCGAUUUCGAAAUCGACGGUAGAAGUGAUACGUGGUGCACGUCGUGAGCAAACAGCUCGUAUGUGCACUUGCAAAGAGAUGUCGGAUUGUUUCGAUUCUGUUAGCCAACAAGUUUUCGACUGUCUGGCGCCAUGUUCUAACGAAAUAAGCAAGUACUUGUCGGUCCAACAUCCGGACAAACUCCGUGUCUGUUUUGAUAAGCCUCGUGGUUUUGUUGGCAACAUGGUCACCUGCUUUCGUAUAAACGUUAAAGCAUGUGUAAACAAUGAAGAGCAAGCGAGGCAAAGACAAGCGAAGACCUACGAUUACCAGGUCAUAGUUAGACGCUUAGAAGGCGUCAUCACCAAGCAGAUUCAGAUGUUCCUCAAUGCAAUUGGCACAAGCAACAUCAAGGUAACUCGCUUAAACGUUGAUAUAAAAGUUUGA